UUUGAUCUUCCUCUACCUCUCUUUCAGCAAACACCAAUACGUCGUACAGCAUGUACCAGUCUGAGGGAAGAAACACACUGGAAGUGUUUGAUCCUGACUCUCCUUAUGUACGGCAGUCUGGCUGUAGUAUUCUGGUGUCAGACGAGUAUAGUAGAGGUGAUAGCUCUCAACUAUCAACAGGAGCCGAUCACAAUCACUGACAGCCCGUGCCAAGAUGGUUACACCUUCAUCCCCGUGGCUUUUCUGGUUCUUCUCUAUCUGGUCUACCUGGUGGAAUGUUGGUACAGUGACGUCCGCAUUGAGAUCCAAUACAAGGAAGACGUGAGUACCGUGUACAGCCGUGUACGUAGGAUACGAAAUGCCUACCCUGUGGUGUGGUGGCGCGCCAUCUCGUACCAUUACAAUAGACAUACGCGGCAGGUUACGCGGUAUAGACAUGGGGAUGCGUACACAACGACGCAAGAGUAUUUCGAAAGGAUCAACACACACUCAGCAGCUGGCGCGUUUGAUUUUGGCGACUGUGGCGUGAAGGAUGUUUCAAGACAGUUGAAUGGAUUAGAGCUUCACCCUUUGACUAGGAUCACGUUUACCAAGAACUUCAUGUUUCUAAAUGAGGAUUCAGAGAAUGACUAUCUAUCACAGCGAUCACGUUUCUUCACGGAGAAUGAGGGAAGAGAUGAGAAUUUAGAAACGCGAGAAGGGCUUGGUCUCACUGAAGUUGAGUUCACGGAUGAAAUGGUGACAUAUGCGUGUUCUGAAAACCUUCCAUGGUAUGUAUCCAUGUCAAUGUUCUGGGUGACUUCUCUUUCAUUGCUCUCAUGGCCUUUUAGAAUCCUGAUAUCAAUGCAAACUGCAAUAGUUGACUACCAAAUCGAGAAGCUUUUCGGAACGAACUACAGUAGUGGGAUGAUUACCGUCGAGUCAUGGACAGGUGGCGAAGGGGGAAAUGGGAAUAGAUUUAAUGUCGUGGGUAGCAAUAGAAGUCUUGAGUUACUAAUACGUGAUAAUCGACAUGUUGUUCCUAGCUACUCUGAAGCACUCCUCAUGGACUUAGCAAAUGGAAACCUUCUACGGUCUGGCCUUACCCCAACUGGGCCUGGUCCGCCUUCCGCAGCACAGCGGGUAAAACAAGAGCACGGCAGUCAUGACACCAACACAAGACAUAAUUACAUACAUGGAUCAUUGCGUUCAAGGACAUUACAACGAUCUGCGACAACAGCAAUAGGUUUAUGUUACGUGUCACGCUUAUCAAACGAUCGAACCGCACAAUCAUCCACAAGUGAUUGGACUCUACGAUCACCUUUAACCCCAAACAAUAGAUCACUUUCUAAUGGUCACACACCAGCGACGAGUCUACGAAUACUUCCAUCCCGUAGUUCAUCCAGUCAUACCAUAGGAAUUAGCAAUAUGUUUAACCGCGUCAAGCCUUUUACGAACGCCUCCAAUACGGCAGGUGCUGCAAGCGAGACAGCUAACAGAACAUCAUUAAUUACUACAGAUGAUCCUGAGCCUAACGCAAACCAGAGGAAACCACUUAUGUCUGCAUCGUCGACACCGAGUAACCGACGUCAUAGACGACCGACAUCGUUGCCAUUGUGCUUUGGUAGCCAGGGAAGUCAGCAAGAAGAUAGUGAAGGAAUGGAUGAGAUUCAGAUGGAGGAAAGUCAGAUUGAGUCUUUGGUUCUCAUGGAUGGUGAUGGUGGAGUUCGGACGGUCACAUGGCAUAGAGCCAAUGGAUUUGAUCAAAACUCAAGAGGUACAGGUGGUAUGGUAGUUGUACCCAUCGACUCACCUCCACCAUACGACGCUGCACUUAAUAUGAAUGAGCCUCAAGAUGGUGACGUAGGGGAAGAGGAAACGCAAGCCGAAGACAGUGUAGAGACGUCUGUGUAAGACAAUCGUAGAGCUUCCAAAGAGAAAUUAUUACUUUCCAUAUUUUUAUUUGAAUUUGUUAUGACACGUUAUGUUGUUUAAUGCGUAUUUUCCUGUUGAUUGAUACUGUUUCUGUAAGCAAAUGCUUUGGGUAAAAGCUGUUGUGCAACCAGAGAUAUAUACUACGAAACUAUGAAUAACCGGCCUACAUGAUAGCUUUAGUUGAAGAGUUCCAACAUAGGUAUGAUUCUUAUGUAUUAACUAAUUUCUUCCUUUCCUGUAUUUCAUGUUCAACUUACAUAUCAAUUUCCUUUCAUGACUUUUUAACCUUUUUAUGUUGUUUUGUGUGAACGGCGAUAUCUAAAUAGAGAACACGAUGUUUGUGAAUGAUGUUUUUAGAAUAGUCAGGGGUUCUGUUUCUUAAAGUGUAAAAUUGAUCAUUGAAUAGCAUAAAAGUACCAAUGACAGUGAAUAAAUGAAUUCACGAAAAUAAUAAUAAAAUUAAUAAUUGAUUUUUUCUUCUGAUUUGACAGUAGCUAAACGAGCAGUAUUUGAAGCAACAACAAUUGGACAUUAGGGGCAUCAGUAGGAUAGCAUAGUUUGUAUACAAACAUACACACGUUUCAUCAAUUCUGGAAGAUAUCAGGUGAAAAUGUCAUAUAUGAAAGAAGUUGAUUUAACUCUAUUUGCUAUUGAUAUAAGACUGAAACCUAGACUGGCACAUUCUUUGGAGUACAUAAUGCGAUGUGCGUGUGUGUGGAAAAUUUGGAGUGUGACAGUCCAGUGUUUGUUUCACUAAUCAACAAUGGCUGGUAAUGAGCUAAUAAAAUUAAUUGUUUGAAUGGUUAGGCCCAACCGGGAACGAAAAUGUGUACAGCCUUUAGAUUGACUAAUUCUGAGCACUUCUCUAUAGCAAGUGAUGUCUCAUCGCCAUCAAAUAGCUUGACUCGAGAAAAUGGGGAUUGGGAUGGGGACAGUUUGGUCUUCCACAAGCCUUAACUCCUUCCAUAUAUAAGCUUGGAAAUGAAAGCCUGCUGACAAAUGCAGCUUAAGUGAGAUUGAAGUGUCUGUAAAUCUGGAAGCCCCCCCCCCUCUCCUACCUUUUUCCUUCUCUGUCUGUCUGUCUGAAUCU